AACGAGACCAUUCUCGCCACACCACCCCGUGUCCGUCGCGGCCGAUGGAUAUCCUCGAGCAGAACUUGGCCUUGCGCGAGCUGUGGAGCCGACGACACGAGUAUGGCCUUGAAUUUGUCUUGGACGGUGUGGUCCUGCCGACUGCCCGACGCAGAGAGUGUGACUGGGACGAAUGUAGAGAUGAAUCGAUUGCUGGAGAUGGGGCUCAUCUCGGACGAAGAUUUUGCACGUCUUAUGGCGACGGGCGGAAACCUCGACACCGGCAGACGACCACUACGAAACGUGGCGUUGGGCGGUCAUCAACCACGACCGACCGACACCCAGCUCCCAAAAGGCCAAGUGCUGGCCAUCUUGAGCCAGCACGCAGAGACUACCAAACACAAUGAAUGGACGAACAACAUCCAAGAAGCCGUCCGAGGCGUCAUUUCGGCAAUUCUCGACCAAGAAAAAUACUCCUCGCUGCCAGACAUGCAACGUCAAAUCGAAGCCGCGCUUCACGUGGACAUGCGACCUCAUCUGGACUGGCUGCAAGACACUAUCUUUCAACAGAGCAAGCAAAAGCUCAAACGAAUCAACGACGCGGCCGAACUCAUUCGUGUCGGCACGGCAACCACGCGUGUGCAGCGGACUUUCCGCGCGCGGCGUUGGGCAUUGCGCCGUCGUGCGCGACUUCGACAGGAACAAACACGACUUGCGGCCGACCGAGUCGCACGUCAAGCGAUUGAACGCUAUGCUCUGGACGUUGUUGGGAGAUGCGUGGGGCGGUAUGUGUUUGUUCGUCGAUUUCGUCGUUACGUCGUCAAGUUGCAACGAGAAGCAGCCUGGCAGCAUGGCGUGGACAUCUUGCGGCGGAAUGUGGCACAGCACCAUGUCGCCAGGUGGAUACGCGAGUCGUGGCCACGAUAUCGACGAGCGCAGGAAACGUGGUUGCGACGGAUGGCGCUCGAGUCGUCGGUCGCCACGAUGGCGCAAGCGCUAGUGCGGGGCUUCCUCGUGCGCCGCCACCACUUGCGCCAGCACGAGUCCGCGAGGCGCAUUCAAAACCAAGUUCGUCUCCACCACCAAAUCCUAGCUCAACGAAUCGCUGCCACGAGAUUGCAAAUGUGGACGCGCCAGCGCAUGGUUAUCAUCCGGAUGCAUGCGCACCUUCGACAACGAACGGCCGCUGCAAAAUGCAUCCAAGCGAUGUAUACCCGGUGGCGACACAAAUGCAGGCAGCGAAAUGCAGCUGCUGUUGUGGAGGUUUGGCGGUCCAAUCACUUGGCCGUGCGCAAGGCCAAGGAGGUGGCAGCACGGUUGCGAUGGCAGCGGAUGCAGGUGGCGAGUUGUCGAACGAUCCAACGUCGAUUCCGUUGUGCCCUCGCGCGUUUGAACAAGCGACGACUCGCUGCUGCACAUUGCAUCCAGCGCAACAUACGUCGCCAUCACGCGCGUGUGCUUCGACGUCAAGCAGCUGGGUUGCGAAUCGUUCGCUACGUGUGGGCUUGGCGCGCCCGCCGAGACCUUUUCGUUCGGCGACUGUUAGAGAUCGUACGACAGAAAUGCUGUGCAAGGAAGUGGGCAAUGCAGACACGACGAAACGAUGCGACGGAUGUCCUUGCAGCGGUCGUCCAUCGGUGGGUGGCUCGGUCGCGUCAAGCAAAACAAGCUGCUGCAACGACGUUGGGGCGGUGGAUGCGACGGUACCUCGCUCGCAAACGGGACCUGUUGGAGCGCCGUCGACGCUCCAGCGGCCGAGUUCCCAUUCGCCCACCAGCCAAAAAGCCAUACUCGGUGUCAGCCGCAACGAUCAAGCCGACGGACCCAGUCCAACUUUUACCCCCCGUGCGCCUCGUGAAGCGAUUCGACAGGAUGUGUAAGACUUGUCACCGCCACGCCCACCCACACGCAUGCGAAGGCAUCCACGCGUCAUCGCCAGUCAAGAAAAUGGUGGCUGUCCGUGCGUUUGGUGGGCGGGUGACAAGGGCCACCGCCCUGCGCGCUCACGAGUUGCUGCUUCUGGGCAACAAGCCACCGAAUCGCCGACUCCAAAGCCAGCCGCCAUUUGUAGCCAAACCACCAGCUUUCACCGAGAUGACCAAGCCAUCGCUGCGCAAGAGCUUGUCCAUCGUGCAUGGAUUGCCAAAGAGCAGCAAUCAAAGCACAUGAUGGACAUUUGAAACAUGUGCAUUGUCAAACGUGAUACGACUGUGCAAUGUCAGACAAGCCAAUCAGCCAGAGCACACACGAGUGCGACAAUCGCAAUGUUGGCUGCUCCUGGGGGAGGGGG